CACUUGGGUGUUGGGGGAGCGAGGCUGUAGGACUGGGGAGGCCCCGGCACAUGGGGGAUCACCGGCAAAGUCUGCUCCACAGCUCGGAGGCGGGAGGCAGGCCCCACUGGGGACAGGACAGUGAUGCCCGGGGCGUGCAGGGAGCAGGGUCCAGUAGCGGAGGGACCGAGGCCCCCACAUACCUGGGUGAUGAGGAGCUGAGAUUUGAAGACCAGGAAGAGGAGACCCUCCCAGAGGAGGUGACUGGGGAAGAGCUGCCUGGCCCCAGGGCCCCGGAGGAGGCCCUCGCGCAGCUGGAGAGGGUUCCGGAGAAAGAUGCCGAGGAGGACAUCCCCGAGAUGAGACGGCUGUCCAUCACCCAGAGGCUCCCCAGGGCCUCCUCAGCCAGAAGGAGGAAGAGGAGGAGGAGGGUCUUUGAGCUGGCAAAGCCCAAGACCGACUGGCAAGUCUUGAAAGACAGGAUGGGGUGCUGCUGUAAGGGCUAUGCCUGGGUGACCCCGUGCCAGAGGAACUUGCAGUUCUGUGUCUACUGGCCUUCUGUGUACUGGACGGAGAGGUUUCUUGAAGAUACCACCCUCACAAUCACAGUACCAGCGGUGACCCGCCGAGUAGAGGAACUAGCUCGACCUAAAAGGUUCUACUCGGAGUAUUUCAACAACAACAGGACCACCUCCAUCUGGCCCAUUCCUCGCCCGACCCUGGAAUACCAGGCUUCUAACCGCCUGAGGGAACUGGCUACUCCGAGGAUCCGGAACAACAUUUGGAGCAUAAACAUGUCUGAGGUGUCUCAUGUAUCCAAGGCAGCCCAGAUGGCCAUCCCCAGCACACGGAUCCUACAGCUGGCAAAGCCUAGGGCCCCGGCCACCCUGUUGGAAGAGUGGGACCCCAUGCCAAAACCCACGCCACACAUGUCAGACUACAAUCGCCUCCUUCACUUGGCCAUGCCUAAGGCCCAGUCAGACCAGUGUGUUCCUGACCGAGAUCCGCGCUGGGAGGUGCUGGAUGUCACCAAGAAGGCAGUGGCCAGUCCCCGGACUGUCUCCCUGGCCAAGCCCAAAGUGCGCAAAGACCUCAACGAGGGCUACGACCCCUACCACAUUUCCCCCGCGUCUCUGGUGGCUCAGGCAUCCCCUCGCUUGUAUGAGCUAGCCACCCCCAAGAGCAUCACCAAAAAAGUGUGAGCGACCCAGGCCAGGCCUCUCAGAUCUCAUUCCCAGUAAACACCCAAGUGCAUCCUAACCCUGUGUGUUGUUGGCUCUGAGUGUUUUGGCCUGAAGGCGGGAGGGCAGGGUGGAUGGCCAAAUCGAGGAUGAGAAGGAAAAUAAUAAUGUUUAGCUUACAUUCA